AUGAAAGCUCGAGAUUUAAUUCUCAAAAAUUCGAAUGUAUGUUUGAAUCGGAUUUUGUCUUUUUCAGUUUCUCUGCAGGUGGAUAUUGUUCCCAGCCAAGGGGAAAUCAGCGUUGGAGAGUCCAAAUUCUUCUUAUGCCAAGUGGCAGGAGAUGCCAAAGAUAAAGACAUCUCCUGGUUCUCGCCCAACGGAGAAAAGCUCACCCCAAACCAGCAGCGGAUCUCAGUGGUGUGGAAUGACGAUUCUUCCUCCACCCUCACCAUCUACAAUGCCAACAUUGAUGACGCCGGCAUUUACAAGUGUGUGGUCACUGGCGAGGACGGCAGCGAGUCGGAGGCCACUGUCAACGUGAAAAUCUUCCAGAAGCUCAUGUUCAAGAAUGCACCCACCCCACAGGAGUUCCGGGAGGGGGAAGAUGCCGUGAUCGUAUGUGACGUGGUCAGCUCUCUGCCCCCCACCAUCAUCUGGAAACACAAAGGCCGAGAUGUCAUCCUGAAAAAAGAUGUCCGAUUCAUAGUCCUGUCCAACAACUACCUGCAGAUCCGGGGCAUCAAGAAAACAGAUGAGGGCACUUAUCGCUGUGAGGGCAGAAUCCUGGCACGGGGGGAGAUCAACUUCAAGGACAUUCAGGUCGUUGUGAAUGUGCCACCCACCGUCCAGGCCAGGCAGAGCAUUGUGAAUGCCACUGCCAACCUCAGCCAGUCAGUCACUCUGGUGUGUGAUGCUGAAGGCUUCCCAGAGCCCACCAUGAGCUGGACAAAGGACGGGGAACAGAUAGAGAACGAGGAGGAUGAUGAAAAGUACAUCUUCAGCGACGACAGCUCUGAGCUGACCAUCAGGAAGGUGGACAAGAACGACGAGGCCGAGUACGUCUGCAUUGCUGAGAACAAGGCUGGCGAGCAGGAUGCGUCCAUCCACCUCAAAGUCUUUGCAAAACCCAAAAUCACUUACGUAGAGAACCAGACUGCCAUGGAACUCGAGGAGCAGGUCACUCUUACCUGUGAAGCCUCGGGAGACCCCAUUCCCUCCAUCACUUGGAGAACUUCCACCCGAAACAUCAGCAGCGAAGAAAAGGCUUCGUGGACUCGACCAGAGAAGCAAGAGACUCUGGACGGGCACAUGGUGGUGCGCAGCCACGCCCGUGUGUCCUCCCUGACCCUGAAGAGCAUCCAGUACACAGACGCCGGAGAGUACAUCUGCACCGCCAGCAACACCAUCGGCCAGGACUCCCAGUCCAUGUACCUUGAAGUGCAAUAUGCCCCCAAGCUACAGGGCCCUGUGGCUGUGUACACUUGGGAGGGGAACCAGGUGAACAUCACCUGUGAGGUAUUCGCCUACCCCAGUGCCACGAUUUCAUGGUUCCGAGAUGGUCAGCUGCUGCCAAGCUCCAACUACAGCAACAUCAAGAUCUACAACACCCCCUCUGCCAGCUACCUGGAGGUGACCCCAGACUCUGAAAAUGAUUUUGGCAACUACAACUGCACUGCAGUGAACCGCAUCGGACAGGAGUCCUUGGAGUUCAUCCUUGUCCAAGCAGACACCCCCUCUUCACCAUCCAUCGACCAGGUGGAGCCGUAUUCCAGCACAGCACAGGUGCAGUUUGAUGAGCCAGAGGCCACAGGUGGGGUGCCCAUCCUCAAGUACAAGGCUGAGUGGAGAGCGAUGGGUGAAGAAGUGUGGCAUUUCAAGUGGUAUGAUGCGAAAGAAGGUGAGCCAGGGAGACUUGGCACUUCCUUUAGGACCAUGGGUGCCUCGGUACUCAGCAUUGGGGGACAUACUCAUCCCAGCAUUCACCAGAUCCUGGCUGCCCACUGGG